UAGUACUGCCAUGGCAAUGGUUUAGCAAAAUGAUGUUUCCUGAAUUCAUCUGCGGCUAGUUUCAUCUUAAACGUCUCAAAUCAUUUGUCCGAAGACAAGAAUUCUGUCAUAGGAAACAUCGCUCACAUUGUGCGGUGCACGUUGUCCACGAACUUUAGCCAUGGCGUCACGUGCACCAGUGUCGCUUGUGAAAACAACAAUGGCAGCGCGCGGUGGGUGAAACUGUGUAGAAUAAGGGGUGGUAACAUUAUAAUAAAAUCCGUUUAGACAUCACAACCGGAGUCGAUUUUUCACAAACUUGCAGGGAAAGGAACACCAAAACAAACUUACUGAGUUCUUAUUUUUCAAGUUUUCUGGGUUGCUAGAUGCACCCUGGGCCCGAUUAAAGCACUUAAACACAGAAAAUGUGGCGUUUUCAUAUAAUGUCUCCUUUAAAACAGGUGGUGUUGAAGAUCAUUAAGCAUUAUCAGGAGGAGGGUCAGGGCAGUGAGGUGGUUCAGGGUGUUCUGCUUGGGUUGGUGGUGGAGGAUCGUCUGGAGAUCACAAACUGCUUCCCUUUUCCCCAGCACACUGAAGAAGAUGUCGAAUUUGAUGAAGUUCAAUACCAGAUGGAGAUGAUGAGGAGCCUGCGUCAUGUUAACAUCGACCAUCUUCACGUCGGAUGGUAUCAGUCUACAUUUUACGGCUCUUUUGUCAGCCGAGCGCUGCUGGACUCUCAGUUUAGUUACCAGCAUGCCAUCGAAGAGUCCGUGGUGCUUAUUUAUGAUCCCAUCAAGACUGCGCAAGGUUCUCUGUGUCUGAAGGCUUACAGGUUAACCCCCAAACUGAUGGAGAUCUGUAAGGAGAAAGAUUUCUCACCAGAGGGGUUGAAGAAGGCCGCCGUUGGAUUCGAGCACAUGUUCGAGGAGGUCCCCAUCACCAUCAAGAACUCCCAUCUCAUAAACGUGCUCAUGUGGGACCUUCAGGAGAAGAGUACGGUGGCCGACAAACACGAGCUGCUCAGUCUGUGUAGCAGUAACCACCUGGAAAAGAGCCUCCAGCUCCUCAUGGACCGCGUGGACGACAUGACCCAAGACAUUGUUAAAUUCAAUACAUUCUGCCGCAACAACAGCAAGCAACAACAGCAGAAGCAGCAGUAUCUCCAGAGGAGACAGCAGGAGAAUGCUCAGCGUCAGAGUCGUGGAGAGCCUUCACUUCCAGAAGAAGACAUCGUCAAGAUGUUUAAACCUCCACCUGCUCCCGCACGCAUGGAAACGCUUCUCAUCUCAGGACAAAUCAACAACUACUGUGAGAACAUUAAGGAGUUCACCUCACAGAACCUUGGCAAACUGUUCAUGGCAGAGGCCCUGCAGGGCCACAACAGCUAAAGAGAGAGUGCCAAGACAGAGAAAGAGACGAGACGAAGCGAGGAUACAGUCAAACCAUCUGCCUUUUUCAUCUCUGAAGAGCAAAAGUAUAUUCAUGAAGAGCUUUGGGGAGAAUCAUGUACUGUUCUUUUGCCAUUUGUACUUGUACGAGGCCAAUAAAAGCGGACACAUAUCUC